UGAGAUCAUAAAAUCAAUGUGGUCUGAACACUUAACUCUGCAGAGAAUAAAGUAUCACUUUCAUCAAUUUCUUCUAACAUGCAACAGCUUCCAAGCUUAAUUUUUAUAAAUAUCUGUUGGUAAACAGGACGUUGUCCAGCCGAUAAUGGUAGUGAUAGCAGUGUUGUGUGUGCCCUGGAUGCUGCUGAUGAAGCCAUUCUACCUACGACACAAACACAAGGCUGCUGAAGACGAAGGUUUUCAGAGAUUGCGGUCAAACACGCCCAGUCCUCCGCCAGUGACAGUGCUGGUUGGCGAGCCUGGACACAAUUCUCACGAAGUGGUCCAUCAUGAUGGCCAAGCACAGGGUGAACCAUAUGACGAUGUUCAUGAAGAGUUUGAUUUUGGGGAGAUAUUUGUACACCAGGCAAUCCAUACUAUUGAGUACUGCCUUGGUUGUAUCUCCAACACGGCUUCUUACCUGCGGCUGUGGGCAUUAAGUUUGGCUCAUGCAGAGUUGUCAGAAGUGCUAUGGACCAUGGUGCUCCACUUGGCUCUAACAUUCAAGGGAGGGCUUGGUGUGGUUGCUUCCUUUGCUCUGUUUGCAUUCUGGGCAGUGCUCACUGUUGCUAUCCUGUUGAUCAUGGAGGGUCUGUCUGCCUUCUUGCAUGCUCUUCGUCUCCAUUGGGUCGAGUUCCAGUCCAAAUUUUAUCAAGGACAAGGAUACAAGUUUAACCCUUUUUCUUUCAAGUUAAUUAUCAGUGGCCAGCUUGAGGAAUAGUUUUAAUUAUCAGCUUUCUUGAGAAGUCUAGCGAGGCUUUAAAUUCUUUUGUAACUGUAACAGGUUAAAAGUCAAUGGGAUAGCAGCAAUAAUUUUGUGUGAUCAGAUUUAACAAUAGACUGAGGUAUAAUGAACUUUUGAGUUCAAAUGCUACGCAGCUUGAGGUUAAAUUAAAAAAAAAAAACUUGGACAUUAUUGAUAUCUAAUGAUGGAAGUUAGCUUAUCAUACUGUGUUUGGAAAUUGACUUAAUCCGGAUAAAUGAGCAAAAUAAAACUGUUGGUUUUUGCAUUGA